UUCCAGGCUCAAGUUGGGAGGGGGCCGGAGAUGCAAUCAAAUAUCGGCGCAUCAAGCCGAUUCAAGGACCUUGCAACUCCCUUGCAAGUUGCAGGUAGAUACCUAGGUAGCUUUGCAAAAUGCAAUUCAGCCACAAUUCCAGCCUCAAUUCCAGGUUCCUUUCAUGCAUUCAAUGCAUUUGCAGUUCUGCCUUGUGGUGAAGGCACAGAGACAUAGAGCAGCAGCCAGCUUCGUACAACUUACUCGCAGCAACAUGCAGCAGCUCUCUUAGAUCAUCUAAGUUUCUUUCCGGGUCUAACUGCACAGAUUGUGAAGAUGGAUGUCCAGGUUGUGAGCCGGCGGUCGCUGAUUCAAGGGACGCAAAUUGAACGCUGCGCACACAUCAGGGGUGCACAAUGCCAUCAAUUAGCAGCGUGCUUGAGCGGCAGGUUCCAGGCUUCGACACAGCAUGAUCCAGUCGUUUCUUCUAAGAGCAGUCUGCGGAUCAUACCACAAAUCAGCCUCCAUUCACGAGAUCAGCAUGCAUUUAUUAGCUCAGUCCGCCCUCAGGCAGGCAGCAACGCUGCAAGAAGGGGCACCAUCCGGGCGGUGCAAACUAGAGAGAGGGGGUCUGGAGGCCCCCCCGGAGAUCAGCAGCCGCCAGGGCCCCCAGGGCAGGGGGGGGACAUGUCGUAUCUCGGGAUGUGGAAGGCCGCUAGGGACAGGAAAGAAGCUGAUAGGAAGCGGCAGGAUGAGGAAGAGAUUAAGGCCAGGCUAGAGGCGGAGGAGGCAAGGAGAAACCAGGACACAGAGGCCAGCCAGCGCCGCCGACGUGAGCAGCAGUUCUCCAGCAUUCUCUCCGUCCCCUCCGAGGAGCGCGACCGCGUCGAGCGCGCCCUCGUCCUCGACCGUGCCGCCGCCGCCAUCGCCGCAGCUAACGCCGCGCUCGAGGCUGCCGACGAGGGCCGCCGCACCUGGUCCGCCGCCGCUCGUGAGAGACCGACCUCCGUCCCCAAAAGAAGCGUCUUUUUGGAGACGAGAGAAGGAGCGCUGACGCCUCUCGGCACAUCGGGGGUGCUACUGACGAAGAAGCCUGGGGAGGACGCGGGGGCAACUAGACUGGAGCGUGGUUCUGGAGGGAGUGGCGGGGGGUUUUCAAAGGGGGGCGGAGGGGGCUCGCUCACGUUGGGGGAGGAUGCGACGCCCGGGCCGGACUUCUGGAGCUGGACUCCGCCCGAGGGGGGUACGGACGGCAGUCGGGGGGCAGAGACGCCAAUGCUGAAGAGGGCGGAGGCGCCCAAAGCGAGGCCGCAGCGGGAGACGAUGGUGAUGGACAGGCCGACGAGUUUCCAGACGCUGUCGCUGCCCUUGCAGAGCCAAUCUCAGGCGGAGAGCUCGAUCACGAGCCUCCCUCCCCUGCAGUCCAUGCUAGACGUUGCAGUUGGUCAAGAGGAGGGUGAGCGCACACGCCAAGAGCAAGAGCUAGCAGAGGCGCACGCCGAGCAGGCAAUUCAGAUGCCCGAGGGUUUGAGGGUUUUGGAGGAGGCGGGGGCGACUUCGGACAGCGGGGUGGAAGCAGACGGGACCAGGUGGUGGAAGGAGACCGGCACCGAGGAGCGGGCGAACGGGGAGGUGUGCGUCUGGACGGUCGUUCGGGGAGUCAGUGCGGACGGCGCUACAGAGUGGGAGAACAAGUGGUGGGAGGUGAGCGACGAGUUCGACUACAAAGAACUAGGCGCGGAGAAGUCUGGACGCGACGCGUACGGCGCAGUGUGGCGGGAGACGUGGAAGGAGGGCAUGUGGAACGAUGCCAAGACGGGGCUUCCGCACAUCGAGAGGAGCGCCGACAAGUGGUCUCGGGCGGGUGAUGGAGCGGAGUGGCACGAGAAGUGGUACGAGCACUACGACGCGACGAACAAGGUGCAGAAGUCGGCGGACAAGUGGGCCAAGCUCGCGGACGGGGUGGACCCCGAGCCGGGGCACGCGCACAUCUGGCACGAACGGUGGGGGGAGGACUUCGACGGCAGAGGCGGCGCGGUCAAGUGGACCGACAGGUGGGCGGAGAAGUUCGAGGCCGACGGCAGUACCACCAAGUGGGGGGACAAGUGGGACGAGAAGUUCGACCGCUACGGCAAGGGCCAAAAACUGGGAGAGACUUGGCAGCAGGGUUCUGGUGGAGAUUCUUCGAGGACGUGGGGCGAGAACCACUUUGGCAACGGGCAAGUACAGAAGUUUGGGAACAGCACUACAGGCGAGCAUUGGGAUACGACGGAGUCCAUGGACACGUGGUACGAAACGAAGGCGCACUUCGGUUUCCAAGACUGUUUCAACCAAGCAUAUAAGCUGCGGCAGGUUGGACGCAAAAAGAAGCAACAGCUCUAGGCUGAGGUGCUGUGCAGAUAGCGAGGUUGGCUUGUGUGGACACCUUGUACGCCCCACCCUUAGCUGAAGGAUCUGAGAAGUGACGUUGCUUUUUGAGGUACACAGGCUGAGAGCAAGCGGCUUAACAGGUGUCGAUGUUGAAUGUAGAUUAUGUAAGUGUCUUCUGUCUAAGGGGUUGAUCACGAUGUUGCUCCUCUUCUUUAUGGAAACAAUUGUGAUGUGAUGUGGUCUUCAGGACCUCACACUGAUUCCAUGCUGCA